UUGAAAAAAAGAAAUAACUCUGCGCAGCCCUCGAAUCACAAAGGAUCUCUCACACACUAAUGCCUUCUCUUUCUCUUCCCUAAACCACUGCUUGCUCCAAAAUUGCUGAUAUGGGAUCUACAAAGGCGUAAUCUUUUCUUCUGUAAUGCCAUUGAAUUAGAAUGUGCUCGUGCUAUAACGAAUUUUCUUGAAUUUCUGUUUUGGAGAGGAAUCUCAAAUUCAAUUUCAAGAACCUAGUCAAUUAGAUUCAGUGUUUUAUCAAAUCCAUAUCAAUCCGAUUUCGUGAUUUCCUCCUUAUUUCUGGGGCGAGGGAUUUUUAUGGGGUGGUUGCGAUGCGCAGAAUAUAGGGCUGUGAGGAGAGUGAUACAAGGCGGGUAGUGAUGAGGCACAAAACGGCUGCGUUUGGAGGGGAGAGGCUGAGGAAUAAUGGGUUGGUGUCACGGUCGAGAAUGAGGCUAUGGAUGAUCAGAGCAACCACCACUAUUUUGCUGUGGACUUGUGUAGUUCAGUUGACUGCAUUGAGUGAAACUUGGGGGCCUCGCAUCUUGAAAGGCUGGCCUUGCUUCUUGCACAAACCCGAGCCUGCAUUCGGCCUUCAUUCCUCGCCCCGUCUCCCUCUUCCCCCGAAGAGGGACUAUAAAAACAACGGUUACUUAAUGGUUUCGUGCAAUGGAGGGCUUAAUCAAAUGAGGGCUGCAAUAUGUGACAUGGUUGCUAUUGCUAGGUCUUUGAAUGUUACGUUGAUAGUUCCUGAACUUGAUAAGACUUCCUUUUGGAAUGAUCCGAGUGAAUUUCAAGACAUAUUUGAUGUCGAUCACUUCAUUACUUCACUGAGAGAUGAAGUUCGGAUACUCAAGGAGCUACCUCCACGUGUCAAGAGCAGAGUAGAGCUCGGAAUUAUUCAUACAAUGCCCCCGAUUAGUUGGUCUGAUAUCUCAUACUACCACGAUCAGGUUCUCCCUCUCAUUCAGAGAUAUAAAGUUGUCCAUUUGAAUAGGACAGAUGCUCGUUUAGCAAACAACGGUCAGCCCUUGGAGAUUCAGAGGCUACGCUGCCGAGUAAACUUUAGUUCCUUAAGAUUUACACCUCAAAUAGAGGAACUAGGUAGAAAAGUAAUCAAAAUAGUGAGGCGAAACGGCCCUUUCUUAGUGCUUCAUCUCAGGUACGAGAUGGAUAUGCUCGCCUUCUCUGGUUGUACUCAAGGGUGCAACUCUGAGGAGGUAGAAGAGCUAACGAGCAUGAGAUACGCUUAUCCUUGGUGGAAAGAGAAAGUCAUAGACUCCGAUUUCAAGAGGAAAGAGGGGUUGUGUCCGUUGACACCCGAGGAAACUGCACUCGUGUUGAGGGCAUUGGACGUUGAUCCCACCAUCCAGAUUUACAUUGCUGCUGGGGAAAUAUAUGGCGGUAAACGAAGAUUGUCAACACUAAUAUCUUCUUAUCCAAAUCUCGUUAGGAAGGAGACGCUUUUGGAGCCUUCGGACCUUAUGUUCUUCCAAAAUCACUCCUCUCAAAUGGCUGCAUUGGAUUAUCUUGUCUCGUUGGAGAGUGAUAUCUUCGUUCCCACAUAUGAUGGCAACAUGGCUAAAGUUGUCGAAGGCCAUCGCAGAUAUCUUGGAUACAAGAAAACGAUCCUCGUGGAGAGGAGGCUACUGGUCGACCUAAUAGACCGUUACAGCUCAGGAUCACUAAAUUGGGACGAAUUCUCUAGCGCGGUGAAGGCAGCUCACGCUGAUCGGAUGGGAAAGCCGAGAAAGAGAUUGGUGAUACCCGACCGUCCUAAAGAGGAGGAUUACUUCUAUGCCAACCCUUGGGAGUGUUUACACACAUCAUUAGAUGAUGAGGAAGUGGUAAAUAGUGUGUGAGUGUUUUUUAUACAGAUCAAUAAAUACCAUUCUUGUACAGAAUUCAAUUCAAUCAGCUGCCUUUGUAACAUACAUUCAAAUAUAGAUUAAUGUUUUUUUCA